CAUCAAAUCAACAACUUACGUCUCGAAUAUGGUUUACACGGAUCGAGGCAUUUCGAAAAUCUAUGUGAUUGAAUUAAUAACAGUGAUAACAGCAAACGUGAAAUAAUAUAAUCACAGUAUGCAGUAUUUCAGUGAACUACAUUCAAAGUGGCAAGUGGCGCUGAACGAAUGCUAAUAUAAAAAAAAAAUUGUGCGUAAUGAUGAACUUGCUACGAAAGUUUGUGAUAAUUCAAUAUUGCAGUAUAGAUAAACCCUAAGAAAAGGUGUGUUCAAAUAUGCAGUAUCAAUGUUCUAUAAAAGUACAUCCGCUGAGACACUAAUUCUGCUUUAUGAAGAACACGUGGUUGUUGAGUUGUUACAAGGAUGCAGCAUUCAGCACAAGAUACCAGCGGUGAGAAUCGAGAAUCAUCCAUCAGCUGGAUGAUCAGGAAUGGAUCAGAAAAUAAUUCAUCUUUGCCUAUUGACAUGCAGUUCAAUGCUGGACAUCAGUUGCAAAUCAUAGUUUACAGCAUAUUGAUGAUUAUAUCUGCCAUAGGGAACAUCACAGUGCUGACACUCAUUAUAAGGCGGCGCAUUAAAACUCAUUCUCGUAUAGAUAUGAUGCUCACUCAUUUGGCAAUAGCAGACCUAAUGGUGACAUUCCUAAUGAUGCCACUGGAAAUUGCGUGGGCAUAUACAGUACGAUGGAUGGCGGGCGAUAUAAUGUGUCGAUUGAUGGCAUUUUUCCGUACAUUUGGGCUGUAUUUAUCAAGUUUCGUGCUUGUAUGCAUAUCUGUAGAUAGGUAUUUUGCGGUGCUGCAACCAUUGAAGUUUUCCAAAAGUAGAGGUAGAAUAAUGAUAAUGAUGGCUUGGACAUUAUCAUCCAUAUGUAGUGCCCCUCAGGUAAUAAUAUUCCACGUAGAACCACAUCCUAACGUAACAUGGUAUGAACAGUGCGUAACAUUCAAUACAUUCAAGAACGAAAAGCACCAAAUUGUGUACAAUAUCCUAGUCAUGGUAUUUAUGUAUGCACUACCACUCUCCACUAUCGUAUGUUCUUACGCAUCUAUUUACAUGGAAAUCUUCAGGCGUAGUCGCAUGCCUAAUUCCGAUGGAUUUCGAAGAUCCAGCAUUGAUGUCUUGGGUAGAGCUAAACGCAAAACAUUGAAAAUGACAAUUACCAUAGUCAUGGUUUUUGUAAUCUGCUGGACACCAUAUUAUGUUAUGUCGAUAUGGUAUUGGCUAGAUCGACAGUCAGCAUCUAGUGUUGACCAACGUGUGCAGAAAGGUUUAUUUCUUUUUGCUUGUACAAACAGUUGCAUGAACCCUAUAGUGUAUGGUGUGUACAACGUUAAAUUACGCAGGGAUCGAAAAUCGGGUGCCGGGAAAUCGGACCAAUCAUCUAUCAUGUUGAGACACGCUACAAAGUAGUACUCAGCACAUAUAAGUAGCUAAUUAGCAGAUGUAAUGUGAUCAAUAUUCUUUGUGGAAAUAGAAAAACGAAGUGUAAAAUAAACAAAA